AUGGUUCCUGUUGAUCCUGCAUUUCCAGACGUUCUCAGAGCUGCACACAACUUGAAGGUUCUAAAGAUAAGAGAGACCGAGUUUUUACUGAAGCAGUCUCCCGGGCUCUCGGAUGCGAUAAUAUCACUAUCGAAACUCGUCAGUGUCGAUUUCCAUUUCGGAGGCGAUGCAACCGCCCUAGUGAUCCAUAGUAUGCAGAGCACACCCAGGCGACUAGCUGUUGAAUUCAUUGAGUCCACGCCGGGCGUCCUCCCGUCAUUUACCAGGCUCUCCAAUCUUCCUAAUCUACACUCUCUCGACUUACACUCUGCACGUAUCAUAGAGCCUACUGAACCGGACGUCCGUCACUCUUGGCCCUCCGCGCGCGAAUUGAGGCUACAGUCCUGCUCUGGGUCGAUGUCAGUUUUCGUCCAAGCAUUUCCAAACCUUCGAGUUUUGUCUUUGAGCAACGUCUCAAGUGGAACAAGCCAGGGGGAGCCGAUCACUGCUUGUUGGCCUCGUCUUGAAAAGCUUUCUGCACGCCUCCCCCGGGACCUGGAACAGUGGCGAAUUACAUGCCCCGUCCAUUAUUUACUCUACGGUAAUGCCAUUACAUAUGGUGACGAGGUGGAAAACGUCUGCCUCGGUAUCAGAAAUUCCACCCCGAUUGUACUUUCAUUGUCAAUCGUGGCCACGUUCGUUCAGUGUUGGACGAAUAUCGUGAAAGAUAACCCUCGCCUGAGGGCCCUUCAUUUGUGUCUCAUUGACAGAGGGCGGUAUUAUGGCCCGGGGCCGUGCAAUCUGUCUGCAUGGAUGGACCAUGUUUUACCAGUGCUAGGGGAGUCUAAGGUGAUGUUCCUUCGUUUGGAGAUCGUCGGACUUCCGCCUGUCGAAUACAGAGAUGUAGACGAAGUGAUCGCGGAGAGAUACUCCACCCGGCUGGCGAGCGAAGUUCCAGCACUUCAAUGUCUGGCAUUAGAGAUCAUACCGAACCCUGCUGAUAACAUCUGGCCCACCGAAUCGCAGAGACGCGGCUGGUGGUGGCAAAUCAUCAACGACAAUGGCACACGAAAACUAGUGUCCAUUCCGAGAAGAAAAGGAAUGCGAGUGCAGGACUACAUGACCUCCGUUGCUUUUGAGCCCUCAAUGACGAGUAUUGAAGCAUUAUUGCAUUGA